UAAUGUAACAUAUAAUGUGUUCUGUGGUUCUGGAGGAGCUUCAUCAAGAACAAGAAAUGUCAGAGUGAUGCCAUCAGGGUUUUUCCAACAUGAGCUUAGGGACUGCAAGUUUACAACAGACAAUGUGCAUUAUAAAUGAGGUUAAGGGCAUUUUUCUUAACUGAGUGUUCCUCAUUUGACAUGGAAAUUGUUCCAUUUCAAUUUAUUUCUGGUCCGAGGAGCAAGAACACAAAAGACCAUCCUUCGCAGAAGUUUUUACGGUCGUCCGGCACCAUGAGUCAGCGGACGGAGCGGCGGGGGAUCCACGUGGACCAAUCGGAUCUGCUGUGCAAAAAGGGAUGCGGUUACUAUGGCAACGCGGCAUGGCAGGGCCUGUGCUCCAAGUGCUGGAGGGAGGAGUACCAGCGGGUACGGCAGAAGCAGAUCCAGGACGACUGGGCCCUGGCAGAAAAGCUGCAGAGGGAGGAGGAGGCAGCGUUUGCCAGCAGCCACGGACAGCAGACCCAGUCCCACUCUCAGGCCUCGACGCCUCCGCAGCAGCCGGGACACGCCUCUCUGGGACCCUUCUCCAAGUUUGAGGAGAAGAAGACCAACGAGAAGACGAGGAAAGUGACCACCGUGAAGAAGUUCUUCAGCCCGUCAUCACGCACUGCUUCUAAGAAAGAAACCCAGGAGGGUAAGACGCCCAGCCCGUCCAUCAGCCGCCACGCCAGCUUCGAGACAGACCAGGUCUCCAAGGACUUUGUGGACUUCUUGAAAAACCUGCAGAAAACCGGCAGGGAGAUCCACAAGCAGAGCCGAGCUUUUAUUGUGAACAUGUCGAGCAAGAAGGACCUGAGCGCUGAUGAGCUGUCGGAGUGCGUUCAGGACUUCUACCAGGGCAUGGCCGACCGCCUGAUGAGCCACUAUAAAGGUUCCUCAGAGAGCGUGGAGCAGGUGAUGGACCAGGUGGAGAAGUACAUCAUGACCCGUCUGUACAAGAGCGUUUUCUGUCCUGAAACCACCGACGAUGAGAAGAAGGACUUGGCCACGCAGAACAGGAUAAGGGCUCUCCACUGGGUGACCAUCCAGAUGCUCUGUGUUUCCAUGGAUGAAGAAAUCCCUGAAGUCUCUGAGAAUGUUGUCAAAGCAAUAACAGACGUCAUUGAGAUGGACUCCAAGAGGGUUCCUCGGGACAAACUGGCCUGCAUCACUCGCUGCAGCAAACAUAUCUUCAGCGCGAUCAGGAUCACGAAGAACGAGCCGGCCUCCGCUGAUGACUUCCUGCCUGCGCUCAUCUACAUCGUGCUCAAGGCGAACCCUCCGAGGAUUCAGUCCAACAUCCAGUACAUCACCCGCUUCUGUAACCCGAGCCGGCUGAUGACCGGAGAGGAUGGAUACUACUUCACCAACCUGUGCUGUGCAGUGACCUUCAUCGAGAAGCUGGAUGCUCAGUCUCUCAAUCUUUCCCCGGAGGAGUUUGAGCGCUACAUGUCGGGCCAAGCUUCACCUCGUUACAGCAGCUCUGAGGGCGACUGGCCCAGCUCCGGAUCAGGACCGGCGGCCACCACCAACCCGGUCCUGGCUCAGCUGAACAACAACCUGGAGCUGCUGUCGGAGCUCAGCGGCCGGCAGGAGACGCUGAUGGAGGCGGCUCAGAGCCUCCAGGCCGACCUGCUCUCUUGGCCCGAGACGGUGCAGCGGGAAGUUCAGGACAUCCUGGAGAAGUAUCCUCUGGAGAUCAUGCCCUGCACCGUGUCUGCUAUUGACGCCAACAACAUGGACAAUGAGAACCUGCCGCCGCCCCUCACGCCCCAGGUGUUCGCUGGGUAGAGGAGCCAAACAAAGGGGGAAACACAUUUCACAUAAAGCAAAAGCACUCCUACUUUAAAAGGUCAGCUUAUUGCCUGAGUUUAACACAAAAUCUCCUGAGUAGUUUUGAGCUUCUGCACCUCAAAGACCUGCUCACACCAACAUUUACCCUAUUAAAUAUCACUGUGAUGUCAGUUUAAUCAGUGCAUUUAAAAAAUAAAUCUACAGGCCCAAAUGGAAGAUGCUAUUGAAGCUUAUGCACAGUUUUCACCUAAACACUUUUACUUAUCGUCUGUAAAAAGAUAAAAGCUUUUUAGAUGCUCAAAUUACUUUUCCCUCUUAAACAACUCUUAAAAAAAUAAAAAGAUUUGAAGAUGAAAGACUAAUGUAAGUGAUGCUAGCAAGUUAGCAUUACUCAAGUGAAGGGGGGAAAGCUAAUAUAAGUGAUGCUAGCAAGUUAGCAUUAUUCAACUGAAUGUUGGAAAGCUAAAAGUGAUGCUAGCAAGUUAGUAUUACUCAUCGGAAGCCAGGAAAGCCAAUAUAUGUGACACUAGCAAGUUAGCAUCAUUCAUCUGAAGCAUAGACUGUAUAAUAAAGAUUUAUAAUACUGUCUAUGAUCUUAAGCGGGACAGCUAAUAUAAGUCAUGCUAGCAGGUUAGCAUUAAUCAUCUGAAGCCAGGAAAGCUAAUGUAAGUGAUGCUAGCAAGUUAGCUAGCUCACUAGUAGUUUGUUAAUUAGCACACAAAAGGUCUAGCUGUAAUAAACUCGACAAAUAUUUCUUUAUUGUUAUUUGUUAUAUGUGAAAGAAAUACUGUCUUAUACCAUUUAGAUACUAAAUAGAAUUAUCAAAUUUCUUUCUUGAUAAAUACAAUCAUGUUAUGAGUACUUGUAACGCAAAUGAUGCUAGCUGUGUGAGAAGCUAACGUUCGUUAGCCCCUAUAAAACCAUGUAGAACAGAUUAUAGUAGAGCCUCUAAAAAGUGUCUUCACUCUGCCUUCUAAACAUAUACAUAAAAUGUACUCAUUAAAUUUAAUUGAGAAACACAAAGUCAACAUAUACAACAAGCUGACUAGCAUUUAAUGCUAGUUUUAGAUGGGAUGUUGCUCCUGUUUGCUAAUGUUUAAAUGCUAAUGUAGGGUAGAGCCAGGCUAUUAAACAUAGGAUAAAAUUCUGUCUGCUAAGUUUCCAUCAAUAGAUUUCACUCUGUGCAGUUUUGGGAGAUUUUAUUUUUAUUGUAAAUGCAGUUUUAUCUAGUAACACAUAAAGGAGAUUGAUUAUUAGAUUACCAUUGUCGGUGUGAGCGGGCCUUUAUGGUUUUCAGAUUUUUGUAGGUACCUCACAAAUCUGGCACUGAAUAAAGGUGGUUUGGGUUUUUGUCUGAGGCCAGUUUGACCUAAAAAUUAAUAACAACAUAAUCUAACUUUGUGCUGCUUUAAAUAUUUAUGCAGAGCAGAAAUUCAAUCCUUUAAACAACAGAACCACUUUGACACAUUGUCUUGUCAUUGUCAUACAUGAAACUUGAAAAAACACUUCAUUUUUUAAAAGUUUUUUUUAAUGUUUUAACAUUGUUCUGUGUUUUUUGAAUUUACUGUAUUUUGGCAGCCUUUCUGCACACUGACCUCAAUAAUGAAUCAGUGUAGAAAUAUGCACAGGAUUUAAUAAUAAUAAUAAUAAUAAUGGUUACAUUUAUAUAGCGCUUUUCAAGACACCCAAAGCGCUUUACAAUGAAUCCAUCAUUAUUUAUUUGCUCACACAUUCUCACUCUGGUGGUGGUAAGCUACAUUUGUAGCCACAGUUGCCCUGGGGCAGAUUGACGGCAGCGUUGCUGCCAAUCGCGCCAACGGCCCCUCCGACCACCACCAACAUUCACACGCAUUCAUACACCAGUGUGAGAGCAGCACUGGAGGCAAGGUGGGUAAAGUGUCUUGCCCAAGGACACACAGCACAUGACUAGGCGAGAGCGGGAAUCGAACCGCCGACCCUUCGAUCAUUGGACGACCCGCUCUACCACCUGAUCCACUGCUCAGAAAAAAUACUGAAUAAUGUGUUGUAAAUCUUGAUUUGUUUUGUCAUUUUGUGAUGUACUGUACUAUGUACUGUAUUUGUACUGUAAAACAGGCUGGUGUUGACUGUUGAAACUGUUUUUACUUUAGAGUCAUUUCAAAUUCAAUAACAUUUCUAUUCUUCCACAAACUUGCAGAGAAGCGACGUCACAUAAAAAAGCUUUGCAGAUGUUUGAUGAAUGUAAACUUAAAGAGUUCCGUUUGUCGUGUGCGCUCCAAUUAGAUAACAGGUGCUAAUUAGCAGAACUUGACGUUUUGCUAGUUGAUAAUUCAAAUUAAGGAACCACAUUAAAGAAAAUGUUUGUUGAUAUUCGGCAUUUUUCCUCCUGAGGUCAAAACUGACACUUCAUUGAUCCUUUUAAAAGUUUUGGUCAAAUAUAUUUUGAUACCGUUUGCCACAGAGCUCCUUAGGUAGCACCAAAUGUGGAUUAAUCCGCACUGAAAAUAGUCCCCAACCAAAUACACUGUUUACUUCUGUCUGAGUAACAUUUGCCAAAAACUACAGUGCCCAACUGUUAUGAAAAUGUCUCGUUUUAAAAAAAAUGUUAUUGAUUUAUGUCUUAAGAAACAGCUUAAGUGUGUAACAAAAAUACAGAAUAUUUUCCAAAUGUUUUCAGAAAUGUGAAAUAAGAAACUAAGCAAAUUCUGACAGAACUACAAAACGGUCUUCAUGCCAGUUAACACUGAAUGAUUUAAAUGUUCAUUUUUAAAAAUGCCAAUAAAAUGUUUGGCCUUCUAUGAUUUACAAACAAAUUAACACAGAUUAAAGGUUGCUGUGGUGGAUGAUGCUAACUGAUGUAAAAUUAUGUAAAUAAUAAGUGAAUUUUUAAGUUGAGUGAAAUAAAGACACUAAAAUCCCGCAUGAAUAUAUAUAUAUAUAUUUUUUUAAAGCUUUAAUCGGCUGUAAAUUAAUCAAUUAGUGGAUGGACAGGGAGAUAAUGUAUUAUUUUGAUCCUUUUUUUAAGCAUGACUGAAAAUGCCUCCCUUUUACAGCUUAUUAUUACAGAGUAUUUUAUCUGUUUUACACAAAUAUACAAACUAAGUGAGCAAGAGGGUGAAAGUCGAUAGCUGUACUUCUUUAGGAAACUGAAUUUGAACGAAAAAUUAGAGAACUGGACCCAAGUAAAGACUGAUUUUAGCUUGUAUUUCUUUUUUACAUGCACCAAUACUUUGCUAUUCUAUACUAAGAGUCAUUUUUUGUGUUUUAUAGGUGCAAAUGUCAAAGAAAAGGAAAAUUGCACAACUCUUUGAUUGAGCAACUGAAUUUAAUCUAAAACCAACAAACAUAACUUAAUGUUUAGCAUCUUUCAGGCCUCCAGAGCUGCUUCAUUCUCUGUCUUCAGCAGGUAAAAUCAGCCAGGAAAGUUGAACAAUUAAUUGCUUUCAGAUUGAAAUACAAUGCUGGCAGCCAUUCUGAAUCCAGCAAAGUUAAUAUAAGCAACAUUACUUUCGCCUUUUGCGAAUCACUACCCCACUGUGCAGCCCCCUAUAAAACCAUUUGUAUCGUAUUUGCUACGUGAGUUUCUGAGACCUCCAUCUUAUCAUCAUGAGAAAUAGUUAAAUUAACAGGACAGAACUACUCAGAAAGUCAACAUGUUUGUGAGCAAAAAGGUGCCAAAACAGCCCAAUGUGAUACAAAAGUAAAUCACGAGCAAAAUGAUAUGGCAGGUUUUUUUUGUUUGUUUUUAUGGGGGAUUUUGUUAAAAGGGUUAUUUAACAUUUCAGCUCCAAAAAAAAUUGAAUUUCUUGGUUAUUUUUUGAUUAUUCAGGCUUUACAGGGUUAAAUGUUCUAAUGACUACUGAACAGAAACUAGACUAUAGCAACUCAAAUUACGGUAGCUGUCAGAAAAAUUUCAAUCAGAUGUUUUCUCCAAAUCGUUCAGGGCUAACAGGUGGUUUGGGAUCAUUAAAGGUCCCUACAGAGAGAUUAAUUUAGUGAUUUGUACAGAAACACUAAAGGCCAAACACUUGGAAGCAACUUCAUUCUGAACUUUCUGUUCACAGCGUCUUUCUUAAAAGGUAAAAAUAAAACUUAUGGAUAUCUGGGAUGUUUUUACUGCAUGAUCAGACUUUGCUUUCAUUGAUGUGCACCAUUUUCCUCUGUUUAUCUUCAGGUAUAUAAUGAUGUUACCAGAUAAACGCUGAAGACCUUAGCUUUAGGGUUGAGAAGAUCGUACAAGACUUCAGAGCAAAAGUAAAAAACAAAUCACGGUUGACAUUCUUCACUUUAGCUCUUUGGCUUUUGAGAGUUUGCAGGAAAAAAAUCCCAAUAAAUCUCAGCUGUGUCCAAAUCUCUAUAAGUACCACAGAAAGAACCAGCUGAUAAAGAAACAAGAGUACAAAUACCUGAUAAUUACAGUAAAAAUGUAUUCUGAUGGGCGACUCUUUAUAUAAUAAUCAUGUUUAUUUUUGCUGUAAAAUACACCAAUGAAAUUCUGAUUUUUUUUUUGUACAAAUUUAAUCCUGCUUCCAAACGUUUAGCCUGUAGUUUAGAACCAAACGAGAUUCGUCCGUAUGUUUCUGAAUUCACCCUGCAGAUGUCAUCGGUUCCAGAAGUCAGAAUUGACCUCCAGUGUUUUACUAAUGAGCUGGAUUUGUUUGGAUCAGGGAAUCUUCAUGUUUUUCAGGUUUUCUAUCACUUUUCUCCCACUCUAACCUCCGUAACUCUCUGGAUUGUGAUCGUUUCCCUCCACCACUCUUCAUUUUUAGGUUCUUUCUGUCAUCAACCUGUGUUCAACCUGUCCUGCGUUUCUUUUAUCCUCAGAACUUUCCACUCUGCUCCACUUCUUCCUGUGUCGGAUCUCAGUGUUUUCUUUUCUUCUUACAGAUGAGCUGCUCUUACUGUCAGCCCUCUGCUCUUCUCGUUGCUUUCUGGCUCCAGUUCCAGUCUGGACACAUGAAAAGAUGGACUGAAGUGAAGCCUCAACACCCUCCGUCCUUUUAUGUGUGCAGAAAGAAACACCUGGGCAACGAGUUCCACCUGGCAGUCAGGAAACAAGACUCAAAUGGCUCUUUGAACAUGAAAUAAAAGCUAGAACCAGCCUCUA